AUGGGGAAGGGUCGUGACAAGCGCAAGAAGCACGAAGACCCUGCGAAAGCGGUGAAACGUGCUUGUCGCCAGACCCAGAAGUGUGCUAAGGGAUUGAAGAGAGACGACGCCGAUGAUGACGCGGUCAAAGGCUUUAAUAACGAGGAAAGCCUGGAAGUCACUUUGAGCCGCAUCCGCAAGCAGGAGCGUAAAAUGCGCACUACGUUGGUGGAGGAAAAUGCGGCUUCACCGAGUCCACGUGCGAAUGUCGUCUUUACACCUCACCCUGAACGGGAUCAGGAACUGAUGCUUUUUGGUGGAGAGUUUUGGAACGGUGAGAAGACGGUGGCCUACAAUGAUCUAUAUUUUUAUAGCAUUAGGCGCAAUGCCUGGUCACGUCUCGUGACGGCGGUGAAUCCGCCCCCACGAAGCAGCAGCCAGGGUGUUGUGUACAAAAAUUUUCUGCUUGUUUUUGGUGGGGAAUUUGUCUCUCAGUCGCAGUCGCAAUUUCUGCACUUUAAAGACGUCUGGCGUUUUGACGCCAAGAAAUAUGAAUGGGAGGAACUUGCCGCCCUUAAAGGGGGUCCAUCCUCACGCAGUGGUCAUCGCAUGUGUCUCUGGCGUCGUAGUGCAGUUGUUUUUGGUGGUUUCUACGAUAACGCCCAAGAAUGUCACUAUUUUAAUGAUCUUUGGAUCCUAUCACACUUGGAUGGGGCAGGAAGGUGGACGGCAGUGAAAACUCCGCCGUACGGGGAGCUGCCUCACCCACGUAGUGGGCAUUCAAUGGCCGUAUGCAAUGACACACUCUUUGUCUAUGGGGGUUUCUCCACUGAGAAGUUUAAUCGAUUUAAAAAGUCGCAAGCAACUGUGCACCAUGAUCUUUGGAGUAUCAAGUUGCCACAGUCCAGCAAUGCCGGCGAUAGCACCAACGUGGAGGGUGAAGUUGCGAUUUGGACGAAAAUACGCCUGGGCGGUAUUCCCCCGCCAAUCCGCUGUGGCGUAGGCAGUGCGUUUAAGGACAAUAAAAUGUACCUUUUCGGUGGCGUGGUAGACAUUGAGUCACCUGGUGGCAAAGUUGUGUCCACCUUCACCAGUGAUUUAUUUAUAUUUCACAUGGAUACAAAACGGUUUUACCCAAUUGUUUUGCGCGCAAGGAAGAAGAAAACCGCCUUGGAGCCGAAGGGAGGGGACCUACAAGCCGAACUGAAGGCUCUUCAGCUACAACACCUGGCAGUUGAUUCCACGUCCUCGACUGCGGAGAGCGACGACGACAGUGAUGAGGAUGAGGAUGAAGAGAGUCGUGGGAGCGCCCAAAUGGAGGGCAAGAGUGAGAUGAAGGAGAGUUUUGAGGUCAAUAAACGAGGCCAGAUUUAUCCACACCGUCGUAUGAACGCUUCUAUGCUUAUUAUAGGGAAUACUCUGUACAUUUUCGGGGGUCAGUUUGAGAGUGGUUCCCGGGAAACUACAAUGUCAGACCUUUUCGCACUCAACCUUAAUACAUGUGACACGUACCGCGUGCUCCUUGCACAGGACCUUUCAAGUUUGGUGUGGCUAGGUAAAGAUGCGGAGGCAAGUGAUGCUGUUUCGUGGGAAAGUGGCAGUACUGUUGUCAGUGCUGCAUUUGACCUCGAUUACGAUGAAGACGACGAUGCGGAUGUGGACUGCGCCGGAGAAGCAGCUGUGGACGGCGGCGUGGACUUUGCCCGCAUCCCGCGAGCACUGGAGGACGGCGACAACGAUGAUGAGCCACCGCAGGUUGUCCCUGCGGAGCUCGACGCCGCCGUCACCCCUUCACUCGACGUUGUGGACGGCAUCACAAAGGUAAAAGGCAAGAAGGGCCUCAAGGUACACAAGGAGCAGCUCCUUGCUCAGCUUGGCAGUGGCUCUGCUGUACCAACCCCGCUAAGGGAUGAGAGCCCGGCCGCUUUUUUUGAACGGACAACCACCUUUUGGGUGUCAAUGGCAACUGAGUCCUUUGAGGAUGCCAAGUCAAAGCAGCGGCAGUCGGAGAAGCAGAUCCAUAAGCAGGCGAAGGGGUUUGCUUACCGUCGCUACCAUGAGGCAAACCGAUUGCUUGCACAGCUGCGGCUUGUGCAGGAACGUGAAGAGGAGGAGGUGCGAUUCUUUAAAGAGCGCCGAGAGCAGAAGGAAAAAGAGUGGGAAGCACACGAGCGGCAACUUGCAGACGAGGAUGAGGACGACGACAAUGAGUACAAGAAGACAGAAGAUAAAGGCGAAUAG